AUGAUAACAAAAUAUAGAUGGUACGUCUUUUCAUUAGUAACAAUUUUGGCAGUUCUUAUGACUGUUCAGUAUAUUUACAAAAGUAACUUGUUAGUCGGUAGCAACUGUUGGCAUGAAACAUUAUCUUCCGCAAAGAACACUGAAAAAUCGAUAAAGAACACUAAAAAACCGUUCAACAAACGACUUCUAGGUUACUUCACUUACUCCGACCAACAGGUGAACAAAUUUAAUGAAUUAUUAAGACGGAAAGCAGAUUCAAAAGACAAGGAGUUGAUUGAUUUUGUGAGAGAGGUCAUGGACCCGCCGAGUGAAAAGAUAAUGGUCAAAAUGUCAAGACCUCUCAUGAAAACGCCACAAACCACUGAAAUUGAAAUCAUUUUACAAAAUAAGACGAAUGGUUUUUUUGUAGAAGCUGGUGGUCUCGACGGGGAGAGGUCAUCGAAUUCAAUUUAUCUGGAAGUGGUGAAAAAGUGGACAGGACUGUUGGUGGAGGCUGACGCAUUUUUCUACACUCAACUCAUGGGUAAGAACAGAAACUCCUGGUCUAUUAACGCUUGUCUUGGCUCAGAUAACUACGUUUCUCAGAUGACUUUCAAUGACGAGGCUGGAGGGACAGGCAGAAUUGUGGACAAGAAUUUGAAGUCCAAAUUCACCCAAUCGUCAAUCAACUCAGUCCCGUGUUUUCCGCUACAGACUCUGCUACUCGCUCUGAACAGAUCGCACGUUGACUAUUUCAGUCUGGACGUGGAAGGCUUCGAAGUCCCAAUUCUGAAAUCCUUCCCAUUUGACGAAAUCUCCAUAUCUACUUUAUCCGUUGAGUACGGUCAUGGAGUUAAAACUGAAUACACCGACCUCAUGAACAAAAAUAAUUUCCAUCUUCAUAAAGAGAUUGCCACCUCGCGACCUGAGUUUGGACUCUAUGUUGAGGAUUAUAUAUUUGUUAAUAAAAACAUUAGUAAAUUGAGAUGA